CAAAUGGUUCAGAAAAUGUAAUUAGGGAUUUUAAAUAUAACGUAAAAUAAAUAAUAAAGCAUAACGUUGUUCGAAGCACAAAGCACAGAAUUAGAACCAGUACAGAUAUUGAUAUCAGAUUGAUGCAUCCAGGGUCGCUGCCAGGAAUCUUGGGCCCAAUGACAAAAGAUGAAAUUGCCUCCCCUGCAGCUACUGUUACAAUUUUUUGAAUCUAUCUCACAAUUUUAAAGGCUUGCAAAGGCCUUGCUUUCUUCUGGGAGGUUUGGGAGGGGCAACAUGUGAUUUUUACUGCUAAAAACUAUUAUAGAAAACAAAAUAUGAUUAAUUUUGUAAUUGACAGGGCCCCAGUUUGUUUUUUUUUAUUUCUAUGAAAAAAUAAAUAAAUAAAUAAAUUGCAGAGGGCCCCCUGUCGGUCAGGGACCUUUAGAAUUGUCAUAAUUCCUGGGUGCAUCUGUAGUAAUAAAACAAAGUUCAGUGGUACAUGAAAUAAAUUUGCCGUGUACUGUAGAAGGUUGAAUGUCAGCAGUGUUUUCUGGUUCUGAAGGAGUCAUGUCCAAAUAAUAUGAACAAACAUAAGGUCCUAUGAUUGCUUGACUUUAAAGAGAAGUUCGUCAGGAUGUGAAUGUUAGGCAGAUCAAAUAUCAUUCUGAAGUCUUUAAUGAAAUCUUGUUGAUUAAGACCUAUAACUCCAUUGACUUUGCUAAGACAAGUGCUAAUUUUCCAAAUAUUAUCAAUUAAAAACCUUUGUUCAGAGGCUAGUUUUUAAAAAAAAAAAAUUAGGAUUUGAACAUUUUAGUUUAUGUAUAACCACAAAGGAUGCUUUGAUACAUUAUUUAUCUGAGCGCCUGAGCGAGUUUACAUGAAAAUUUAUAUUUGUCUUUCCCCAAUGGGCAACCUGUUCAUAUAGCCUCAGGCUAAGAACCUUUACAAGCCAGACAGCCCAUCAAAAUGAGUGAUAAGUAAGAUAUUGUAGAACAGGCACCUGCCUGUGAGGCAAAAUUUGUUUGUUUUGGCGUUUUUCACUGCUUACCACAUGUCAGCGCUGACAGAAUGCGAUUUCACUAAAGUCAAAAAGUGCAUCCUGCGAGAAGUGGUUAGACAGCUUAAUGGAGUUGGAAACUAAAACUAUCAGUUAAAAAUGUUUUUUUUAAAUUUUUCAGACACCGCAUUUCAAACCUUGAUGCAAACUAACAUUUGUGACAAGAUGAAAUUGUAGCAUGGUUCGUUGGUUGUGUAUCUUUUGUUCCAAUGGCUUUAAAAGACUCACAUUGUCUUCCCGCACAUUUAACAUAGCAGUUUACUCAAUUUAAUACCCAGAUAUGCAGCAUUUCUUGGACAUGAAAAAUUUCUCCACGUCAUGUAAACCUCACAUGUUCUCCACGGCUGAAGAAUCAACUUGCACAUUCUUGCUGCCAACAGGAAUUUCUGAAACACAGAAUUGUGAGGAAGAAACAAGGCAAGCCACAAAAUAAAUCUUAGAUUGGGGACCAGAGAAACUGAAAUACAAGAGUCAGCGCAGAGGGAAAAUAAAUAAAUAUAUAUAUAAAAAAGAUUCUGGGGCUGUUGCUCAUUCAUCCAACCUCACAAACAACAGAGUUACAGAGGAAGGUGAGGCAGACGUAAGAAAAGAAGUGAAGACGAAGAGGAUUUCAUUCGGCAGAGAGAUCACAGCUAUCUAUUUACAGAUUAGCAUUGGCUCAUGCUGUGUGUGUGUGUGUGUGUGCGUGUAGCGUGUAUGUAGGCAAUGCAGGCACCAGCACUAACAUUGCCACACAACUAUUCACUCGCACAUACACACACAUCAAACAUGGUUAUAUCCCGUGAACAAAAGAGCAACAAAUGACCAGGGUGCAGUUUGUGGUUGAUUAUUAACUGCAGGUAUGUCUGUGUCAUCUCCAGGGCUGCAUUUGUUCAAAAGGCUUUUCAUUUCAUGACAACUGAACCAUACAUCAUAUUUGAGAGAUUAUAGGGAUGAAAAUGUGGUGGAAGUAAAAAAAAACCUACAGGAGUUUUCUUCAGUUUUUAAACCUCUUAAUUUCCCUUUCAUUUUGUUGAUGGCUGAACUGUUGAAAAAUUUGCCUUCCUGCUGACGUCCAAUUGGACUUCAUAAAAAAUGCACAAGGGGAACAACAAGACCAGCAAACAAAAGAAUUACGGUGAAAUGAAAUUCGUGGCACAAAAUUGAAUAUUUGUUGGGGUUUUUUUAGGUGUAAAAGUCAGGUUGGAUAUUGUGCAUGCAGCUAAAAGAAACAGUCACAAAAAGAAAAAACCCAGAAAUACACAGUGGAGCCACCAGGAAGAGGCCGAGCAGGUCAGACAACACCAUUUCCUUCUUGGUGUGCAAAUUUUUAAUGUCCCUCACUCAAAUCCCAAUCCUAACCCACCCACGCCACAAAAAUGUGAAGCGUAAACAAAAGUAAUAAAUUCUGCAGAAAGUUUUGGUUUUGUUGUGCCACUGCAAGAUUAACAGUUACAGAGGCAUUGUUGGAAACAUCUGAAUAUGUUCUGUUGCUGAACUGAAAACAACAAACGCCAAAGGACAACCACAACGCUAAAAUUAUUCAUCACUGGAAAAAAAAAACAAAAGUUUGUUCUCCCAGAACUCUCUCUAAACUUUGAGUUAUUCCAGUAGCUUUAAGGUUUUCUUUUUCAGCUUGUUUGGUCUCAGUGUGUUGCAUAAAUAAGGUCAUGAGUCAAAUAGUUUCCUUCCGCAAUAUGCUAGCUAACAUUGUAUAUAAGGCGAUGGUUCAAGGUCUUGUCCUUUAAAAUGAGAUCUUCCUCCAUCCACCACAUGUUUGCAUUCAGGGGCCAGAGACCUCGUUAUAUUAAAACGAGACAAAUGAAGUCGGUCUGAUGGUGAAGUAAAUGUAAGCUAAUAACGAUAAACCCUAUAUGGUUAAAGGGUUUUUUAAACUUGAGAUGUUGUAUGAAACUCAUAUUUUUAAAACAUAAAAGUGGUAAUUUGCCCACUAUUAUCUAAAAUCCACAAAUACUUGAAACUCCCUCUGAAAAUGCUUAUAACUAAGUUUUAGGUAGCUCAAAAAUCAAAUAUCCAUUGAUUCACACAGUAGAAACCGUCUCGGCUCUACUUCAAAACCCAAUGUAGCCCUUUGCUCUUCAGCCAAUCAGCACCCAGGAAAAUGGAACUGUGCCCCAGGAUUGGCUUCUUUGCAAGCACCAGACAAUAGCCUGUCAAAAUACAGUACGCCACAGUGUUUCAGCUUUCCAAGCAACAUUUUGUUUUGAUUUUAAAUCAUUUUGAAUCCGUGAAUAGGCGGGGGUUCACUGUGUUAACUUAUGAAUCUUAAAUAGUUAUUAAGUAUGAUAAACAACGUUUAUUCAAUACGUUUAUUUAAUACUGUACACACCAAGUAGCGGAUUAUGUUAAAGUUAACACCCAAAUAGAAGUUUACCAUCAGUAAAUUAAACAGUAAAGUUUAUUUAACUGUUUUAAGGAAUCUGGAUUGCCUUUUAUCAUUUCAUGGUGAAAAUCUAAAACGCCUUGGUCAAAUUUGAAAUGACUGAUUCUCAGGCAGAAGUUUUAAAAGCGGAUUGAGAAUUGCGAAAUUUGUUUUAGUAGAAACACACAUUAGGACCUCCAGAGAUUGAGACCAGGAUUAAAUAAAACACACACACACACACGCCCGCACAGAUAAUGCAGACUGGUUCAGUCUGUAUCUAAUCAGUCUCCUCUCACUACAGUUUCUUUAAAAUACACUUUGUAAGAUCUUAUCUCGUAUUGUAUAUUCUACCAUGUACAUCUGUUUUGCAUGUUUGAAAUUUUACAGUAAAUGGCGUGUACUCUGUGCAUCAUGGCUAAACUCCUGCAAUUUCAGUACAUCUAUCUCAUUAAUAUUGUUUUGCUUUUUUUCCCCUCUUCAAAUAAAUGUCCUGCUGCAUUGUUUAGAGAGAGAGAGAAAAAAAGAGGCUUUCUCCGGGCAUGAAUUCCAAAACAAGCCAUACUUACUAAGUAUGUUUCCAACUGAACUGUUAUGAACUUUAACAUUUAACAUGCUAACUGAGUUCUGUAGAGUCUGAAAUGUUGCUCUUGGGUAUUUUGCAAUUUCUCUUAGUAUUGCAUGCUCUGACCUCGAUGUGAUCGUGCUGGGACAUCCACUCCAGAGAAAGAGUGAAAUCUACCUUGAAUGUUUUAGGCUUCUGAAAAUAAAAAAUUCCAAGGGCUCAUAAUAAUCCUUCCCAGGCUGAUGGCCAGCAGCAUUUUCUUUUCGAGAUCGUUGCUGAUAUAUUUUAAUGCUCUUCAGUUUAGUUUUAUCCUACACCAAUUCACAAGAGAGGAUAUCCGGAAGAGAGUAACAUCAGUUUUAAGUCAAAAUCAGCAUGAGGUGCAACCAUGCUGCUAAAUGCUUUUUUUUUUAUAAAGGAUGAAUUGUUAGCCGAGAGAUCAGUCAUCAGCUUUUUACUUAGUUUCUUCCAUUCGCUUAGUUCAUAAGGUUGAUUUUUACUGUCAUACCCACAAUCUAUUUAUAGAUUCUUAUUUAUUGAAAUUCACUGAUUUAGUAGAGUUUCAAACUGCACAGAUUAUGUUUAAAGUCAGAAAUAAAAUAUUGCCAGAAAAGAUUCAACAAUUAUUUUCCGAUAGAGUGGGGGGAUAUGACUAUAGAGAAAACCUUAACUUCAGAACUUUGAAGGCUCGUACAACAAUGAAAACAUUGUGCAUUUCGGGGGUUGGUGUGAGGAUCUGGAAUAAACUCUCUAAAGAGCUGAAGCAAAGUCCAAGUAUGAAACAUUUUAAGAAAGGUCUCAAGGCAGCUAUUAUUCAAAGUUAUAAGGAAGAACAAGGGGGAUAAUCCUGGUUGGGAACCAAAACUUUAGGUAGGAUGUCGUCAAGUAGGUGGCAUGUCGGCGCAGGUGUGGGUAAAUAUAUAAAGGUAUGAAAAUAACAGUGUAUUUUGUCUAUAAGCAGAUGGGUGUGUAUAUGGGUGUAUGUACGUAUAUAUGUUUGUAUAUGUAAAUAUAUAUAUAUGCAUGUGUACAGAUGUGUAUGUGUGUGUAUGCACUAUUUUCAUCUAGCUGAGGAAAUCUUAUUAUACUUAUUAUUUCCUUUGUCAGAAAGGAUAUCGGACAUUGAAAAUACUGUGAUAAAUUACAGCUGGAAAAGGGGUAUGACUACAUAAGUUAUACUUCAGCAUACUCCUUUUCAGACUCAUAAUCACCGAUGUGAUGUGUUUUUUUAUUGUUUUUCUUUUUUAAAAGAAAUAUAUUAUGUACUUUGUGUCGUUUACACUGUCGGUGAAAGGUUUGUCUGAAAUAAACUAAACUAAACUAAACUUCAUUCCCACAGAAGCAUUAAAUGGCCACAUACUUCUUCUACUUGUGGCCCCAUAGUAUUUGUCAAAUGAAUACUGUUCUGUAUCAAAUGUUAUUCACUGCUCAUUGCAAUUACCUAAUUUUAGAAGAUUUGUUAUCAGAAAUGAUAAAUGUUUUCUAGAUUCUGCUACAUCCGAAUCUUCUGUCCACCACAUUAGGAUCCGUUAAUGCAAGUGUCCUUGGCUUUCUGUAAGCGGUGAUCUCAGGAAAACCAGCUGCAAUGCUUUUUAUUUUUGAUCACACAGAGAAAAUGUUAGUGCCAGCUGUAAGAAGGGUCUUGUGCACUCGCUUUGUUUUUUUCUUUAUUGUAGAAAGUAAUCCUGGCUCAGUGUUUGUGAGCUUUCCUGGACAGAUCCAUACUGUGUGUUAUUGCAUGAUGUCUGCUGUUCUCUCAAACUUCACUCAUACUGAACAAAAUUCUGCUUGAUGUCUUGUAAAAGGGGAGUCAUUCAUAUCAUACUUCCUCUUUUUGUUCUUUUUUGUUGUUGCUAAAAAAAAAAAAAACACACUUGAGGAUCCAAAUUCAGCUUAUAUGAAACUUAAAUUUGACUUGUAAUUUAGUUAAUUACUCUGUAGCAGCCAUACGUACCAGUGUGGGAAAAAAUGUGUUGCAAAAAAACUAAACCUGCCCGUCAAUCUUAACACACCAUCACCAUGGCGACGCACGCUUUUCUUUUGCAGGGACCGGAAAGCUGGUUAUGGUUCACAUGUUGAUAAAAGAAAGACUAAGGAUGUCUGAAUGCAUAUGCCCAUCACACUUUUCAGAUUUUUUAUUUAUAUAAAUGUAUAUAUUAUUAUUAUAUAGUAUUUUCCUUCUACUUUAUAAUUAUGCACUACCUUUUUGUUUGGUCCAUCGAAUAAACUGAUAAUGAAAAAUACUUAAGUUUGUGAAACAAUUCAAGAGCUAUGUUAAGUAUUACAUUAACUCAAUGCAUUUUUUCCGCUCCUAAUAAAUUUCUUUUCUUCUUUUUAAACAUGUUCAACACAGAAUAACUGAAAUUAUGCUGCACUGAAGACUGAGAGCUAAAGGGCAGUUAUGCUAUAUGUAAUAAAAUCUUUCUGAAUUUUAUGUCUACUAUAAUCACCAAGACACGGCGUGCAGCUGAGCACACACCACGGCUGUGAGCACAUCACCCUCGCAGCAGAUGAAAUGAAUGUGUUUAUGCGGUACAUAAAAGCUGUCAUCAUUUAAGUCACAGCCAGGUACAGAAUCUGAUGUCAAAUUAUAGCACACGACAGGCGUCACCAUAAGCAGACUCAAAUUGUGAAUCCGUUUGACUUGAUUCACCUGCCAAAAGAUGAGGGGGGAAAGAAAGAGAGUGAUUUUUUAAAUUUUUUUUUAACAAAGGAACAAACCCCUCCGGAUUCUUUCACCAGCUUGAGAGUGCUCCAUCUCUCUUGAGGCGAACACAAUUGUUUAUAUUUUUUUAAAAAACAAACAGGAUACAGCCAUGGUUUUAGGGAUAAAUACAGAUUAGAUGAGAAUAGCUUUAUAAUGUUCACAGAGGAGGUCAUUUAGCCCUCACACUCUGCCUUUAUGGUUUGCGUUUGGGCCCCCAGUGUCGCCAGUUUGGUUAAAUGUCUUGUUAGAACAAAGUUCCCUUUUUAAGAAAGAAUUAUAAAUAACUGUGACCUGAUUACUUGGGACCUAAUUUCUAAAAUGUAGCGUGCGUUAUGUUGAAAGAACCUGAGCGUUGUAAUGAACGUGCUCGUCUGCCUUUUCUUGCCCUCUGCCUCUUUGUUGUUCAAUCAGCAGUUGUUUAUCCACUUCGCACCAGCUCCUCUGCCUCGCCCUGAAUGAUGGCAGGUGUUAGUAGCAUCCUUCUCCUCGUGGCAUUUAGCUUUGAGUGGCAGGAUAAUAAGACAGAGGCGUGAAGCAUGGACAAAAAUAGCUUCAGGCUGCACUUUUAAAAGAUGAAAAACAUGCAGUCUGUGUCUGUUUCACAUGCAUAUUUUAGUUUAAAGCGCUUGGAUCAAAGCCUGGUGGGCUGUUUAAGCACAAAUGGUUAUUCGGAUGAGGUGAGCUCGACGCUCGUGACGGCGCGCACCAAACAAAUUCAAAGCGGCAUGGAACGGAGUCCGCAGGGAAAACACUUAACGUCCCUGGGGGUGAAGCAGAGAGAUUGUUCAUCAUGUAUGAUGUAAGAAAUGUCACAGCACUUAUUUAUAGGAGUCCCACGAAGGAUCAGCGAGGAGGAAGCGUGUUCUUUUACGGCCCGGCUAACUGAUUUAUUUAAUUUGGUUAUUUUAAACGACCCUCAGUGCCUCAUUCAUUUGGCAAAUGCAGGCUUUUAAAUGCGCUUCAGAUUUUUCACGCUGAAGGAGCAGAGAUUUUUAAAAAGUUAAAAAGCAGAAGUUUUCAAACAUACUGUAUAAAAAUACGCUCUCUGAUAUUAGAACAGACUAAAAUCUUCCUAUUUUAGAAAAGUUAGGAUUACCAAAUGUACUUCUCUUUGCUAAACGGCAGAAUUGUGAGAGAUUUUCAAAUAUUUCUCAAUCUAGAGAGAGAGACAAAGAUAAGAAGAAGUUCAAACCAUCUCUGACAUUGAUCGUAAUAUAAGGAUCCUUUUCCCAAUCGCAAUGCGCCUCUGUCUGGAUUUCUAACCAUACAACCAGAAAAAGAGCAGCAAAAGCAAAUGAGGUGGAUUAGCAGUGCAUGUCAUAACAGUCAACCAUCAAACACCAAUCAUCAACAUUAAUAAUGCCAAUGCUAAAGCACUACAAAACACAGUAUUUAGCUGACACUAAUGCUAACGUUCUAACUUCAAUUUAAAUUAUAUUGAGCACGAAUUUAAUUUUGACAUAACUGACAUUUUCUAUAAUGCCUUUAUGUAUUGUAUUUAUGUUUGCAUGAUGUUCUCUACUGUCUGUGUUUUAUUUUGUUCCUGCAUGUUUCUUGUUUGAAAUAAAGUUUCUCUGGGGGGAGUGAGAGAAAGAGGAAGAGAGAGACGGCGCAUCAGGAGAGCAUGCAUAUAAACAUCUAACUACCUGAAGAAUUCUGAACAGUCAAUAACCACAACUUCAAAACAGAUGUUGAGUAUUAUGCAAAUGAAAGUUUAGAAAAUAGCAAGUAGGUUCUUUAGAAUUAUCAGGAAAAAUUUAAUUUAGGGGAAGCUGUGUGUGAUAAAUAUUUUCAAAGUUAGUAAAAGAAUUAAACAAUAAAAAUAGCUUUGAUAUUAGAACAUUAGUGGAAGUGUGCCUUCCACUGGCGACAGUCUUCAGUCAGAUACCGCUUCAGAUUCACUGCAAGACUGACUGCUACUGGACGUCCUCCCUGUCCACAGCAGCCCCAUCCACAAUGAUGUUAUUAAAAGUUACUUAAGAUAUUAAUUACGUCAGCAUUUAAUUUCCCUUUUUGACAAAUAAGGCAUCUUUGAAUUGAAUUUUAAAUUGAACACUUUUUCCUAAUUAGUGGGAAAUAUCUGAUAAACAUUAGCCAUUUUAAGAACCUUUGCACUGCUGUGCUGUUUGAUAAUCUGAUGCCAAACUGUCAAUGUAACAGGACAUAAAACAAGUUUAUUAAAAAUGUUGCACUUAUUGGUUCCUCUGUUCCUCCUCUGUUAUCAGUCAGCGGGGUGUGAGAUGGGUUGGGUUGUUGAACCAACAGAUCUCCUCCCUCCCUCACUGCUUUUAUAGAUAACAGCAGAACAACUGCAAAUACUUUUUAAAAAAACCACACAGCACCAGUUUGUCCACAGCUUCAAGGAGACACUUUCUAAUACGAUGACUGACACGGAUUCUUUGGAAAAGGCGCCGACAGAUGGUGAGAGUGGUGGUCUUAAAAAGAGCAAAAAGAAGCAAAAGAGAGAAAAUGCUUGGAGACCAGAGGGACCCAGAGACCCAUUUGCUAUGCUGGAUUCUCUGCCAGAGAAGGAACAGCAGGAGAUACAGAAAGCCCUUCAUCUCUUCUCUCUGGGCACCAGCUUGCCUAAGACCCUGCAACAGGCCAAAAACCACACCUACCGCUUCUGGGACACACAGCCCGUCACCAAACUGGGUGACCACAUUACAACUCAUGGUCCAGUCGAGGAGGUGGACGCCAGUAUCCGGAAUGAGCCAUGCUUACUUCCUCAGGGAUUCUCCUGGGAUACUGUGGACUUGAGCAGUCCUUUUGUGUUGGGAGAGCUGUGCCAUUUGCUAAAUGAGAAUUACAUGGAAGAAGACGACAACACAAUCAGAUUUAACUUUUCUCCCGAGUAUCUACUGUGGGCUUUACAGCCUCCAAACUGGCUGCUCCAGUGGAACUUGGGCGUGAGAGUAGACGCAAAUAAGAAGUUAGUCGGUUUCAUUGCCGCUGUACCUGCUGAUGUUCACAUUUACGAGACGAAGAAGGGGUUGGUGCAGGUCAAAUUCCUGUGUGUUCAUAAGAAACUGCGCCUCAAGCGGAUGACGCCGGUUCUGAUUCGGGAACUUACCAGAAGGGUCAACCAGCAGGGGAUCUACCAGGCUGUCUAUGCAGCUGGCACAGUGUUGCCAACACCAAUAAGCUCCUGCAGCCAGUGGCAUCGCCCUUUGAAUCCCCGUAAGCUAAUGGAGGUCAACUACCCCGGUCUAAAGCAGAACAUGAAUCUGCAGCGAGCCUUGAAGUUUAACCGCUUACCUGAGGUGACAAAGAUAAAGGGCCUGCGUCCUAUGACUAAAGAAGAUACUCCAAGGAUCCUCUCAAUACUUGAGAAAAACCUCUCCAACUUCCACCUCAGCCCCCUCUUAUCGCUGCAGGAAGUAGAGCACUGGUUCUUACCGAAGGAGAAUGUGAAUGACACCUACGUGUUGGAGGCGGACAAUGGUACUCUGACUGACAUGGUGAGUUUUUAUGCCGUCUCCUCCAGGGUGCUAAACCAUCCAGUUCACACCAGUCUCAGAGCCGCUUAUCUUCUGUACGCCGUCUGUAAUGUCACUAAGAUGGCUGACCUCAUGCAGGACACAUUGGUUCUGGCUAAAGCUAAAGGCUUUGAUGUCUUCUGUGCUCUCGAUGUGAUGGACAACAUGAGUUUUUUGGAAAAGCUCAAGUUCACCAUCAGCGAUAAGAGUGUCCAUUACUACCUGUACAACUGGAAAUGUCCUCUCAUGAGCCCGGACAAGGUCAGUCUGGUGUUCCCCAACUAAUCUGACGCAUUGAAGAUGAAAUGAUCUGCAUCACUACCUGUGCUUUCAGCAUUCACUGUGCUGUACAAAAUAAAAAAAGGAAAAGUAACUGAUGGAGCAGUUACAGUCAGAUGGAUUAAUCUAUUACAUUGUAAUGUGUGUGUUUACAUGUGAAUGCACGUGCGUGGGUAUAAUGAUCAACAUCAAAAGCCCUGUGGUUGUAAUGUUACCGUGAUCAGUCCUAAAACUGCAUUAAUAAUUGUCUAAAGCUUCAGCUUUAGAAUGUCAAGAAUAAACAAUCAUAUAAAACUCAUCGUUUAAUUCAGAAUACAUGUUAGACCAAAGGAAAACAUAAUAAAAUCCAUCCUGAAAACCUGAA